GACAAAUAUACAAAGACACUUGAAAAAAAAAAUCAUUCUGACGUGGCAUAUUGUCUUCUCUAAAACUUGGCAUUAAAGUUCGCAAAAAAUACUGAAGAAUAAAAGAUGAUUUACCCCUGUAUUCAUCUUUUUGCAUUUAUUGCACUACUCACAUUAAUAGAGGCUCAACAAUAUUUUUCUAAUUCAGACAAUUAUGGAGAAAUUGAUAGUGAACUGGUUUCUGUUGAACAUUCAAUUCAUGGAAGAAGUCUACCUGAAAUUGUAAUUAAUUUUACAAGUACAGGCAUUGAAAAGAAAUUUAUUUUACAGUCGUCAGAUGGAUUUUUUGCUGGUAAGGAUACAAAAGUCUGGGUAGCUAAAAAAGUAAGAGGGAAAUUCAGAUAUACACUGCAAAGGAAUAUUAUGAAGGAAGUGAAUAUUACAUUUUACCAUGAUUUAAAAACAAAAUCCACAAUAGCACACACUAUAAAUGAAAAUGGUGAUUCAGAAUUCAAUGGUGUUAUUGAAUCUGACAAAAUAUUACGAUCAUUAAAUAAUCAUGAUCGCAAACGUCGAGAUGUUUCAUCUAAAUUACAGUACGAAUCAGCAAACAAUGGUAACAAGAACUAUCACCUAUUUUAUAAACGAUAUGCAUCUUCAUCGAACCACAAUAAGUAUCACCAGACUGUUGACACGAAUAAUGAUUAUCGGCAGAGAAAGAAAAAAUUUAUAAAUACUCCGGAAAUUGUCUAUCCGGAAAUUUUAGUCUACGUGGAUAAAACAGUGUUUGAAUACCAUAAAAAACAUAUUGCGAAAACAGUCGCUUACGUUCUAACUAUUUUCAAUGGAGCAGAUCUUUAUUAUAGAGACCUGGAGGAUCCGUCUGUUCGUUUCAGCAUUGCUGGAAUUGUUUUGUGUGAGGAUCCAAUAAAUAAUAAAACGUUGGACGGAAGAGAUAUCGACGAACCUGUCUUGUGGGAUUUUGGAAGAUUUCUUUAUAGUGAAAAUCAAUUUAAAGUAACAAUUGAUUACGAUGUUGGUGUUUAUUUACUUAAUCCACAUGUUUACAUCCCAACAAGAGGUAUUUCACCAAUAGGAUCGGUUUGUGUAAAUGAUGAAAUACAAACUAUGGUAAGAUCAAUGCUAAUUAUCUCAGAUACAGGAAUCCUUGAUGGAAUUCGAAUUGCUGCACAUGAAUUAGGUCAUUUAUUUGGUACUCAUCAUGAUAAUGCAUCAGUACAAGAAUGUUCUUUUAUGAAAGGCUUUGUUAUGGCUUAUAACGUAUACGACCAAAAUCAAUUUUUCUUCUCUCCAUGUUCCAAAGAAAAGAUAAAAUGGUAUUUGAGUCAAAAUUAUGCUCGUUGCCUUCUCAAUAAUCCAGCUGAUAAAAGAACUGAUAAUCAAAUAUUGAGAGUUUUGCCUGGCCAAUAUAUGACUUUAGACGAACAAUGUCAAAAGCAUGGAUACCUGAAUGCAUCUUCGAUUAAUCUAGAUAUUUGUUUAGAUAUAAUCUGCUUCGAUGGAUUUUAUUCCAAAUCUAUAGAUAAUGCUGCACUUGAAGGCACCCCUUGUGACUUCGGAAAAUACUGUCUAAGGGGAGAAUGUGUGAAUGUUCCAUUUAACAAUAGUGACAAGAAUGCAGAUUUAAGAGAUUUAUUUCCAAUUAAAUACCAACAGCGUCGAAGUAAAAAAACUGCUGAAGAACAGUGUGUUGGCUUCAGAAAUGAAGUUGCUAUCAAAGCUUUCUUUGAUGUUUGUGAACUGAAGUGCGUGUUGAAAAUGGAAAACUUCUUUUACAUGAAAGAAUAUACUGCAGAUGAUGGAACCCCUUGUAAUAAAAACGGAAUUUGUCAACUAGGACGAUGUGUAGACGAUACUUAUCGAUUGGCUGAUGAUCAUUGUAGAAAAGCUGGAGCAACAAGUUUUAAUAAGUAUUCUGCUAAAGAAUGUACCUUUGACUGCAAUAUAGUUACUUACAAUGUUUCUGAAUAUUUUUUGAGUUACGAUCACGAAAAGAUAAUGAAAAUCAAGGAAAUAUUUGCUCCUGAUGGACAUCCUUGCAAUAAUCGUGGAUACUGUCAAAAUGGUAAAUGCAUUAAUAAGACAUUUUCUACUGAUAUUAUUGAUCCCAGUACUUUCGUCGAUGAACGGUAUGGUCAAUUCGCAUCAUCCAUUAAACGAUGUAAACAGAAUGGAAUGGAAUGGGGAUUGGAUUAUGAAGACGGAUGCGUUACUCAAUGUGCAUAUAAUACCAGUGGAGCUAAAUAUAUUGAUGCUGAUUGGGGACUUCCAUGCUCUAACAAUGGAUUUUGUGAAAAUGGAAAAUGUGUUUUAAAAGAAUUAACAAGUAGUACAAUUACUACAACGAGUACAACUGCUGCUUUAAAUAAUUUACAAUCUAAAUUAUCCAUUAAACGUUGUCAAGAGAAUGGAUAUUUUUGGGCUUAUGAUUAUAACAACGGAUGCGUUACUGUUUGCCGGAUAAGCUACCACAAACCUUAUGUGAUAUAUUUUAAUGCAGAAAAUGGCUUAUCUUGUAAUAACAGUGGAUAUUGUCACUAUGGACAAUGUGUUAAUAUAACAGUUAUUACAAGUAGCACAAGUAGUACAACUAGUACAAGCAGCACAAGUAGUACAACUAGUACAAGCAGCACAAGUAGUACAACUAGUACAAGCAGCACAAGUAGUACAACUAGUACAAGCAGCACAAGUAGUACAACUAGUACAAGUAGUACAACUAGUACAAGCAGCACAAGUAGUACCACUAGUACAAGCAGCACAAGUAGUACGACUAGUACAAGUAGUACAAUUAGUACCAGUAGUUUAAUCCCAGGCAUUACAAUUACUGAAAGUACAACAAGCAGUACUAGUGCUUCAACUUCUUCCGUAAAUGUAUUACCUAAAAAGUUUAAAACUCCCAAGGAACAAUGUGAAGCUCUUGGAUUAACUUUUUCAGAAACUGAUUACAACGUUGGAUGCAGUUUUAGAUGUGAUUCUUAUUAUGAUUAUGACUAUAACGUUGUUUAUGAAGAUGUUUAUGCUCCAAAUGGAUAUUCUUGCUUUAUAAAUAAGACAUCUAAAGGAUAUUGCUUUGAAGGUUCGUGCAUUAAGACGGAACUUGAUACAACUACUGUUAGCAUUGUUGAUUCAUCAACUUCUUUGACUGAAUUACCUAUCAAUUUAAAAUCUCCUUUGGAACAAUGCACUGACGCUGCACUUUUCUUCGUUUCUCUUGAUAAAUUUGACUGUACUGUUGUCUGCUCCUCUGUUACUGACAUUGGUAAUUAUGAAGAUGAUGAUUAUGAUUAUGAGGAUUCUGAUACAAAUAUUGUUCAAGAUAUAUAUCGACCAGAUGGAAUUGCUUGCAAAUAUCAUGGACUUUGCUUAGAAGGACAAUGUGUUAAUAUGACACUUAUAGAUCCUAAUGACAAAGCAACAAUGUGGAGUAUGGAUGAAUUAAAAAUUUUUAAAACUAACAAACCAAGGGUAAUAAAACCUGAAGGAGGCGAAAAUGAUUUAAAAUUAUUUAACAAUGAAGAAAAUAAAAAACAUCAGAAUGUUUCUAUUGAUUUGUCCGAUAUUGACGACGAUGUCAAAGAAUUUGCAGAUGGGAUAGAUAUAGACGUCUAGAAUAUAUAAAAUAUUUCAAGCAGUGGUUUUCAGUGGACAAGGCAAAAAAUAAUUAUCUGGAUUAAUUAAUUUUCUUCACUAAUAAGCAAUGCGAAUUAAAGUACUAAAUUUCUUAUACUUGUAAUCAAUAUAUUGUAAUCAAAGUUUUAUGUUUGAAUAAAUUCACAUAGUUAAUGAAUAGCAAUAAAAUUUUA